CAUUGUUUCUCAGUUUUGUUAUCAAAAUGGGUCGGUUCAUCAACCUUGCAGUUCUCCUGUCCUUUUCUCUUAGUUUCUGUUUGUUUCCUGACACAAUAUCUGCUCAACUAAGACAAAAUUACUACGCCAGUUCUUGCCCCAAUGUAGAAUCCAUUGUUAGAACAGCAGUGGCCAAGAAAUUCAAGGAAACUUUCGUCACCGUUCCUGCAACUCUCCGUCUCUUCUUCCAUGAUUGCUUCGUCCAGGGAUGUGAUGCUUCGGUUAUGAUUUCAUCCUCCGGGGGCAACAAAGCCGAAAAGGAUCACCCUGAAAACUUGUCAUUAGCCGGAGAUGGAUUCGACACCGUGAUCAAAGCUAAAGGGGCGGUCGAUGCGGUUCCGAGUUGCAGAAACAAGGUCUCUUGUGCUGAUAUCUUGACAAUGGCUACUCGUGAUGUUGUUGCUCUGUCUGGUGGACCUUCUUAUGCUGUUGAAUUGGGAAGACUUGAUGGGCUAAAUUCAACAGCUUCUAGUGUUAAUGGAAAGCUUCCUCAGCCAUCUUUCAACUUGAAUCAGCUUAACUCGUUGUUUGCAGCAAAUGGACUCAGCCAACCAGACAUGAUUGCUCUUUCAGCGGCACACACAGUUGGAUUCUCUCAUUGCAGCAAGUUUGCAAACAGAAUAUACAGUUCCGACCGUCAAAAUGCAGUGGACCCGACGAUGAACCGGACCUAUGCUGCUCAACUUCAACAGAUGUGUCCCAAAAAUGUGGAUCCAUCGAUUGCCAUCAACAUGGACCCCGAUACACCCAGGAUAUUUGACAACGUCUACUUCAAGAACCUGCAGAAAGGGCAAGGCCUUUUCACCUCGGACCAGGUUUUAUUCUCGGACCUCAGGUCUAGACCGACCGUGAACGCCUGGGCCACCAACUCACUGGCUUUUAACCAAGCUUUUAUUACUGCUAUGACUAAGCUGGGUCGGGUCGGUGUCAAGACCGGGACGAACGGCCACAUUCGUAGAAAUUGUGCUGCCUUUAACUGAGAAAAUGACUUGGUUCUUGAAGCUGAA